CCUAGCUCUUGAUAGCUCUUUGCAUUGUCAUAAUCUGUGACAAAUACAGACCAACGCCCUCGUGAGCUGUAGACGCGCACUCGCUACACGGUCAUGAGAAGUUUUCUGGUCACUCGUGGACACCAAUGCGGGGUUCGGGGUGCCGGUGGGCGAAGAGGUGAAGUACGCCUUGCAGUUGAACAUCGUUGACCGCCUGCCUCACAAGCCGCCAAUCCGUAUGCCUGCUCAACAAAAAGUCCUCACCUCGCCAGAUGGCACCGAAAUAUGGGGAGAGGAGGCAGGGGAUCGCACGAAACCUACUAUCGUCUUCAUCCACGGGUUGGCCUGCACGGCCAUAGCCUUCAACGCACAAUUCAACGAUCCGGAACUGCUCAAGAAUGUGCAUCUGGUGAGGUAUGAGAUGCGCGGGCAUGGACGCAGUGGGAUGCCGGAAUCCCUCGCGGCCUACCGCGCCCUUCGACAUGCUGAAGACUUCCGUACCGUGUGCGAAGCGUUUGGCGUUGUCAGGCCAAUUGUGCUCGGAUGGAGUCUUGGAGGAUGCAUCCCAGGGGACGUCGUCCGGUACUACGGGCCAGACUACAUCGCGGGCAUCGUCUACAACGGCGGUGCCGUUUUGUCACUCCAGCUCAGCAAAGAAUGCCGGCACCCCGCCUUCCUCCCCCUCAUUCCGCUCAUCUGUUCGCCAGACGCGCAGGUAGCAGCCAAGUCAGCGGUGCCGUUCGUCGACUCCUGCUUCGCAGACCCAGCCUCCCUUAGCUUCGAGACCAAGAUGGCUCUUGUCGGGGGCUUCGCGAUGCAGCCGCCCAUCAUCCGCCACUACUCCCUUACCCGCGAGCAGGAGGACCGCGUCUGGCGCGAAAGCGCGCGUAGGAUUCCUGUUCUGAUCGUGCAGGGGAUGGAGGACACACAUUGUCUGUAUGAGAGGAUGAUUGAGCAGGCGAAGGAGAUCUACGAUGAAGUGGAGGUCAAGCUGUUGCAGGGAGUCGGGCAUGCCCCGCAGGCGGAGGCCCCGGAGGAGACGAAUCAGUACCUACUGGAGUUCAUGCGGCGCGUGUCGAAGUGAUGAGUUUUGAUCACGCAGUACAUAAGUCACUUUUCUACAAGUGGUGGAUUAGUCCUGUAAUGAGCGACAGCUCGUAUGAUACAUACCAGGUUAUGCAUCGCUGUCACUGACUCA